GAAAACAUGACACUGCAAAUGGAAAGUGGACCAACAGAGGGCUCCAUAUGACACCUUAUCCAUCCUGGUUGCCAAGGAAACUGUAAUAGCAACAACAACAAAAACAGAUGCAGGGAACAGCGUUCACUAAAUGACAACUAAAACUCUCCUGUUCCCACACCUCCUGUAUGCUGACACGUUGCUCCCAAGACAAGAUGGAAGACGAUUCAUUAAAUCUGAAUUUCACAGCAGAGUCAGCCCAUCUUGUGAAAGCUUUGCUGGAGAGACACCGACACAGGAUCGCGAAGGAGCAGAUGGAUAACCCAGAAGGCGAGAAGGGGAAUAUUAACUGGGUUGAGAUCAAAAACUUUACAGUCGAAGUGGGCAAAAGCCAGAUUGGAGAGUAUAUUCAGACCUGGGAGAUUCAACCCUGCUGGUUUUACAGUCUGGACUUCCUCUGCUCAACCGAAGAGGAGCAUCAUAGCUUCUACCACUACCGGGCCCGCUUUAGUACCCCGACCCCGCAAAAGCCGAUUCUGGAGACAGCUAGCGUCUACUUCGUCGUGGGCAUAUCAAAAGUCAAACCCCAAACUUUGCCUGUCGAGGUCCUCUUCGCAGUAGAGUCCAACAGGCUGGUGCACAAACCCGGCAGGACCAGGUUUAGGGAGAAGUGGCUGACGGACGUUAUUGAGAGCAAAACUUUGCUCCGUAUGGCGGUGGACCUUUGAGCAAACUUUCAUUAACUAACUAGACAACGCCGAAACACACAGGGGGAGGAGAUGUCUGGAUCAGUCCUUAAAUACGAAUUUAAGUUACAUUACACUUACUAAGUGUUGGCAUUAAAUUCUGAAUGAUCAUCCCACGAAAUAAACGAAAAUGCUGACGUCAUCUAA